UAUGUGGGCGAUCUGGAGCCGGACGUGACUGAAGCCAUGCUGUUCGAGCGAUUCAGAUCACUCGGUUCGGUUCAAUCGAUCCGAGUCUGCAGAGACCGACUCACCUGCCGCUCGCUCGGAUACGCGUACGUUAACUUCGAGCGAGCCGCUGACGCCGAGCGAGCCUUGGACACCAUGAACUUUGACCUCAUGCAGGGGAAGCCCAUGCGUCUGAUGUGGUCUCAGAGAGACCCUUGGCUGAGGAAGAGCGGCGUGGGAAACGUCUUCAUCAAGAACCUGGAGAAAUCCAUCGACAGCGAGGCUCUGUAUGACAUCUUCUCCUCCUUCGGGACCAUCUUAUCCUGUAAAGUGGUUUGUGAUGAAAACGGAUCGAAAGGCUUUGGGUUUGUGCACUUUGAGACGCAUGAAGCUGCUGGAAAAGCCAUCGAGAAACUAAACGGCAUGUUGAUCAAUGAACAGAAGGUGUUCGUGGGACACUUCAAAUCCCAAAAGGAGCGCGAGGCUGAAAUGCAGGCGAGAAACAAAGAGUUCACAAACAUUUUCAUCAAGAACUUCGGGUUGGAUGUGGACGACGAGAUGCUGACGGAGAUAUUCGGUAGAUUCGGCCCGACUCUGAGCGUUCGGGUCAUGACGGAUGAGAAGGGACAGUCCAGAGGCUUCGGUUUCGUCAGCUUCGAGAAGCACAGCGAUGCCAGACGGGCGGUGGAGGAGCUGAACCGGACGGAGCUGAGCGGCAGAAAGGUGUUUGUGGGCCGCGCUCAGAAGAGACGAGAGCGACAGACGGAGCUGAAGAAGCGCUUCCAGCAGAUCCAGCAGGAGCACAUCAUGCGCUGUCAGGGUGUGAAUCUGUACGUGAAGAAUCUGAGCGAUAGCGUGGACAGCGAAAGGUUAUUCAGAGAGUUCUCUCCGUACGGGAACAUCACCAGCGCUAAGGUGAUGACAGACGGAGGCCGCAGCCGAGGCUUCGGAUUCGUCUGCUUCUCGUCUCCUGAAGAAGCCACCAGAGCCAUCACUGAGAUGAACUGUCGCAUCAUCGAGUCCAAGCCCAUAUAUGUGGCUCUGGCCCAGAGGAAGACGGAUCGCCAGGCUCUGCUCAUCCACCAACACAUGAUGAGACGCCAGCAGCAGGUCCAGAUCCACAUCACACUUUCUGAUCAUCCACACACUGACACACAGAAUCACAGCUUCACCCAGCCUCAGUGCGUCAGUCCUCAGGUGGAUCUCAGUGUGUGGUCAGCAGCGCAGGACAUCUACACGCCUGAAGGUCACCAUCAUUACGAGUUCACUAGUGAUCCACAGCAGACGUGGGCUGUUCAACAGGUCCAGGAGACUCUGAGCUCCCCCGUGUCCAGCUCAGGAGAAAACCAGAAGCAGAUGCUGGGCAAGUUCUCUCCUGUAUUAUUGUGUCGUGUUGAUCUUGUCGAGCUCUCGUCUGAUGUAGUUUGA